UGCUGCUGUUGUUACUACGGUCGUUGUUGCUGCUACCAGUGGAAUUGUUAUUGAAAUCAUCAACACGCUUGGCUUCGUUUUCGUACUUCAUCAAACAUGCGAAUAAACAGUUUCACGUCAAGCACUAAGCAAAUAAUUCUAGAGACAGGCCAAGUAUCAUUUUUAUCAAAGUUAACAGUCUUUUAAAAAGAUCAGGGUACAACAGGAUUUUCAUUCUUGAAAUUUGAAUUCUUUAUGUGAUUUGGUACUGGUUCCUGGAACCGCUUAUGUAGUGAUGUAACUUUAUUUUGAAAAGAAAGCAUGAGACCGGAGAUGAAGAACCUGUUCAUGCUUAUGUUUAUUUUCGUGAUUGGAACAGAGGUGAUUGCGUGGGGACAUGAAGUAAAGGCUGUGAACGAAUUCGAUGAAGAUGAUGACAUUGAUCCAUACGAAGAUGAUGGAGAACAUAUUGAUUACCCAGUGAAAAGUGUAAUGCCCGAAAGAGCUAUGCCAAAGGAUGAUACCAAGAUACUGCCCCACGAAGGCUCUGGGGCUCCCUUGCAAAGACCAGUCCUUGACUUCCAGAUGCCUAGCCGUUUAGAAAAUCUAGAGAAAUCUUUGGUUAUAUUGUCAACACAAUUGCAACAACAGCAACUUGCAAAUAAUGAUCUGAGAGCAGCGCUAGCUCUCCAGCAAGAGCGGCGAGUAAGCGAAAAAACUGCAUUUGUCAAUGCCAUUGGGGUGCUUCAAGGGGCAGUGACGCAGCUUGCCUAUCAGGUUGACAAGAUACCAAGGCUUUUAGAAAAAGACAAACAGAAUAGAUAUAAAGAUUAUGUGGCUUCUAAAAUCAACAACAUGUCUGAAAAGAUAGGCAAACUGAGUUCUCGACUGGAUAGGGACGGUACGAAGGAGAUGACAACGCGCGAUACGGGUUCACGUUGCAUAGGGUCUAGAGUCAAUUGCCGAAGCGAUACAGCGGUGCGAAGUGCGGAGGCACCGGACGCCGCUGGGGAGCUUCUCAGCAAAUUGCUUGGAAAAGACAUCCAGAAAGCAUUGGCAGGGUUAUCAUCAGAUAGCAAAGGUAAGACAGAGACAAAGGAUAUCUCACCAUCCAUCGUACAGCCGCAAUCAGUUAGUGCCCCAGUGAUGCCUUCAAAUUUCCAAACCUUGACCCCGAUCGACUUGUUGCCACAGUCACAUGUGACGUCAUUGUCAACACCAACAGGACAAGGACCGGCAGGAUCAGUUUCGACAAAUCCCGUGCAACCAAAUUUUUCAUUCGUGCAGGUGCCUUCACAAACAAAUAUUGCUGCACCUUCGACACCAACCGGAUCAGGUCCAGUUGGAUCGGUCUCGACAAUGACACCUGGAGCUAUUGUACCUGAACAGGCAAAGACAGUCUCUUUGACAUCUUUUGCCUCCAAGUUCAAGCCGCCUGUGAACGUAGCAGGGUAUAAUGUUUUGCCUUUAGUUCCUGUUGCUCCUGUGCAGCCCCAGCAGCCGUUAGAGGCCCCUGGGAUAAUCAGCCCUCAACCAGCUUUCCAAUCACUGACAGACGCAGCCGCUCCCCUGCCUGUGGCUUCAAAUCCAUAUGAAGUACUCACAUCAACACAAAUGCAGCCUAACGUAGUACAGCCAUUGGCUUUCAACGGUGGUGGCCCCCUUCCUAUAGCUACUCAGGAGGGAAAUCCGUACGAGGUUUUAACUACAUCUCAGAUGGGAGCCGGAGGAUACCCUAUUGCAAAAGGGAAGGUAACAGAAAACAGCAAGCCAGGCAAAAAGGGGAAAAUUAAAAAGCAAUCCAAGGGGACAUCAAAUGUGAUCAAUGGCAGUGGUCGUCAUGGGAAAUUGAUGAAAGGUGAAAUUAGGAAAGGCAAGAAGAUAACAGUGAAAAAACAGAGAAAGAAUAUGCAAAAAAGGAAUCGCCCAAAAGGAAAAAAGCUAGAAGAUUUUGAUAAAGAUCCCCUGGCUAGUGAUUUGGUUAAAGCUUUGAAGCUUGGAAACCUGAAAAAAGACGAGUUAUCGAAUAGCAGGCAAAGCAGCAAUAAAAGCAUUACUACACAAACAAUCGUUCCAUAAAAGAUGGAUGGUUUAAUAAAAUAGUCACUCUAUUAAUAUUAAAUAGAAAGAAAAAGACA